GCGGAUCUGGUAGCAGGACUGUCCUUUAGCUCCAUGUAACAGGGUAAAAGGGGGUGAGGAUAGACUGUACCACCGUGCAGAUACAGCACAAGGUAUGCAGGGGGAGUGCCAUGCCAGCGUUGCAGCUUGGGUGAAGGAUGCUGGAGACUGAACACACUGGGCUGAGAGGAGUUGAAUUAGGUGGCCAGGCAAUCUGAAUUGGCAGUUCCAGCAGCUCCUCAAGCUGCGCAGAUCAGGAGAAAGGCAAAAUCUGAAACAUGCAACCCGACCUGUGCGGUCGAGCGAACGUUCCCAUUUCAGAAUUAUCGCCGGGAAAGCGCUGGAGUUUCCGCUGGUUCGCGGUGAGCUGCUUUCGCAUUUCACAAUAAAAUCCGAGGGCUUGAAGCAGAUUUUUGGGACCCCUGCCUCGCGUAAACCUUAGACACAUGCUGUGGAUUUUCCAACCUGCCUGUGCCAUGCUAGAAGAUGCCCUUCUCCAUGUUUUGAGAUCUGGAACAUCUGGAGAUCUGGAAAAAGAAAAUUUAUAGAAUUAAGCAUCAGCCCUUUUUGUUUGCUGUUGCAAGAAGCAGCCCUUCCCUGUAGGAACUAUGAUUCCCGUCACGGAGUUUAAGCAGUUUACUGACCAUCAGCCUGCAUUUCGAGUGCUGAAACCAUGGUGGGAUGUUUUUACCGAUUACAUAGCCAUUGCCAUGUUGAUGAUUGGUGUGUUUGGCUGCACAUUGCAGGUGAUGCAAGACAAGAUCAUUUGUCUUCCCAAACGGAAUUCACCCCACAACCUGCGCCCCGUUCAAAAUCAAACACUCGUCAACAUUUCUUCCGGUCCAUUUGUGACACCAGCAACGUUGCCAUUACCACGUCCAUCCUCUCACCCUUCUGCUGAAAUGAAAGGAUUGAAGACAAAUCUUGAUCUUCAGCAGUACAGCUUUAUAAACCAAAUGUGCUAUGAGCGCGCGCUGCAUUGGUAUGCCAAAUAUUUCCCCUAUCUGGUCCUGAUACACACGCUGAUCUUCAUGCUGUGCAGCAACUUCUGGUUCAAGUUCCCCGGAUCCAGUUCGAAAAUCGAGCACUUCAUCUCCAUCCUGGGGAAGUGCUUCGACUCGCUGUGGACGACCCGCGCUCUGUCCGAGGUUUCCGGCGAGAACCCCGAGGAAAAGGACAACAAGGGCAGCCAGAAGAACCACCAGGUCAAGAUGGCACCGGGCCUGUCCAACUCCGAGGGCAACCUGGUGAAAACGCAGUCCUUGCGAUCCAUUCCCGAGAAGAUAGUGGUGGAGAAGCCAACCGUCAGUGCCCUGGACAAGAAGGAAGGUGAGCAGGCCAAAGCGCUGUUUGAGAAAGUCAAAAAGUUCAGACUGCACGUCGAAGAAGGGGAUCUUCUAUAUUCCAUGUAUGUGCGUCAGACCAUCAUCAAAGUCAUUAAGUUCAUUUUCAUCAUUGCAUAUAACAGCAUCCUGGUCUCUAAAGUCAACUUCACUGUGGAUUGCGAGGUUAACAUUCAGGAGAUGACAGGCUACUGUAAGUUUUCCUGCAAUCACACUAUGGCUCACCUCUUCUCCAAGCUGUCCAUUUGCUACCUGUGUUUUGUUAGUGUCUACGGCCUCACCUGCCUUUACACACUCUACUGGCUGUUUUACCGCUCCCUUAAAGAAUACUCCUUUGAGUAUGUCCGGCAGGAGACUGGCAUCGAUGACAUCCCUGAUGUCAAAAAUGACUUUGCCUUCAUGCUGCACCUGAUAGACCAGUACGACCCUUUGUACUCCAAGAGGUUCGCAGUGUUCCUGUCAGAGGUCAGCGAGAACAAACUGAAGCAGCUGAACCUGAACAAUGAGUGGACCCCAGAUAAGCUGCGGCAGCGGCUGCAGACGAACGCUCAGAACCGGCUGGAGUUGCAGCUUUUCAUGCUGUCGGGGUUACCAGACACUGUGUUUGAACUUACGGAAUUGCAGUCCCUAAAACUGGAGAUCAUCAACAACGUCACCAUACCAGCCACCAUUGUGCAGCUGGAGGACCUGCAGGAAUUGUCCCUGUACCAGUGCUCAGUCAAGAUCCACAGCGCUGCUCUGGCAUUCCUGAAGGAAAACCUCAAGGUUUUACGAGUCAAGUUUGAUGAUAUCCGGGAGCUGCCACAUUGGAUGUACGGGCUGAAGAGUUUGGAAGAGUUGCAUCUUCAAGGCUCUUUGAGUCCUGACCUCUCUAAGAACAUCACACUGGAAUCCUUGAGGGAACUCAAAAGUCUCAAGGUCCUUUACAUUAAAAGUAAUUUGACCAAAAUCCCUCCUCCAAUCGUUGAAACUUCGAGUCACCUUCAAACACUGUGCAUUCAAAACGACGGCACCAAGUUAGUGAUGCUCAAUAGCUUGAAGAAAAUGGUCAAUCUAACCGAGCUCGAGCUUAUUCACUGCGACCUGGAGCGAAUACCCCACGCCGUGUUCAGCCUGAUCAACCUUCAAGAACUUGACUUGAAGGAAAACAAUCUGAAAUCUGUUGAGGAAAUCAUCAGCUUUCAACAUUGUCGCAAGCUCACCUGCCUCAAGAUGUGGCACAACAGUAUAACUUACAUCCCCGAACACAUCAAGAAGUUAUCCAGCUUAGAGCGCCUUUACUUUAACCACAACAAGAUUGAGGUGCUGCCUUCACACCUCUUCCUGUGCAACAAGCUGAGGUCCUUGGACCUGGGCCACAAUGACAUCCGAUUCAUCCCACCGGAGAUCGGCGUCCUCCAAAGCCUGCAGGACUUUACCAUCACUGGCAACAAAGUGGAGAGCUUGCCAGACGAGCUGUACUUCUGCAAGAAGCUAAAGACACUAAAAAUUGGCAAGAACAACCUAUCAGUCCUGUCCCCCAAGAUUGGCAACUUGGCGCAUCUCACUGUGCUGGAACUGAGGGGGAACCAUUUUGAAGGACUGCCGGCGGAGCUAGGGGCUUGCCGGGCACUGAAGCGAAGUGGUCUCCUUGUGGAGGACGCCUUGUUUGAUGUGCUGCCUUCUGAUGUCAGGGAGCAAAUGAAAAUGGAAUAGACUGUGGUCAAAAAGGGGCUGUCUAAAAUUCAGCCAUAAUGUCACCACUUCUAAUGUCAAGUGACCCUUGAUGGGUGAGUCUGUUGUGAGCUGGCUGUGGUUUCUUUUGGUUUUUUGCUCUUAAAUUGUAUAACUCAAGAGUUACUGCCAACAUUUUUACAUUAAUCUUGUAUUUUAUAAUCCAUCAUGUUCGUUUUAGCUGUGUGAAACAACAGAUGGAAUUAGUGAUGAUUAAGUAAUUUGUGUCUUGCCUCUAAUGUAGUUAAGGAAUUUCAAAGGAGUGGAUGUUACUGUGCUACAAAAAUUGUGGAUUAGUGUCAGAGAAAACUUAUCAGAGCAGACCAUUGCCUUCCUGCACUGAAAGAACAUUAUCAGUGAACACACAAGUGACAGAAACCUCUGUGCGUGAAGCUACGACCAGCCUUUUUUAAGAAUAUAUAAUAUAUAUAUAUAUAAAAUCAGAGAUCUGUUCUCAGUAAACAGGGGCCAGACAAGAUGGUGAUUUUUCCCAAAUUUAUUUAUUUAACAAAAAAAGAAGAAAAAUGUGCCUUUAGUAGGGUGUCAACACCCAAAACUGCUGCACAAGCUGGUAUAACGUGCCACUAAACCACGCAAAGGAUACCACAAACUGAUUCAAAUACUCAUUGCUUAUCAAUUAUUCAAUGCAAUGUACUAGCAGGGAAAAUGGGAUUUUUGCACUAAACCAAAGGAUUUUCAUAGAGUCAUUAUGGCGCAGAAGGUGGCCAUUUGGCCCAUUGAUUAUGUAACCCAAUAUGAGCUAGUGCUAGCUGAAGGGACACUGGAGAGUUGGUGAGGGGUUUGGGGGGGAACCAUUAUGCCUCAAUGUUACUUAUUUAGGACAUACCUAUAUUUGGAGGCUGCAGUGGAACUAAUGCUAAGCAUGUAGCUGGGAACUGAGGUACGCU